CGGCAGGUUUGUAUGGCAGUCUGCCAUUGGCAGAUCUGGAGAUACGAGUUUGCAUUGUUUGCGGAUUGCGGGUUCAUGACGGUAAUCAAAUUUUUCGAGCGGUGUGCCAAGCAUUUUUGUCGGUUGGUUGUUGAGUCACAAGGCGCAGGAGUGACUCAACAACAGGAAGAAACUCAGCACCGAAGGAUUGACAUGUGAACCAGAUCGCUCAACACCUCCAGUUGCCGAGCUGAAAAAUAAAUUCGUAAAAAUCCCAGUUAUUUAUAAAUAACCCAGUCUACUUGUGAAGAAACGGGUGAUUUUGAUCAAUGAGCAUAAAUCCGUAAUGUUUGUACCCAAAUCAAUAUGGAGGAGCAACGAUUAGUGCACCCGAGAUUGCUGAAGGCGCUGAAGUACUUCGAAACGUGGAGCGCGCUUUCACAAGAGGAGGAAGGACAGGUGAAGAAGCUCAAUGCUGCAUUUGCUGCUCUGGACUCGGAGGACAAAUUGAUGGAGGAGGCCAUCGCCACGGUUGGAGCGUUCAUGGUGGAGAUGAGAUCGGUGGGCUUGUCCGCAAGAGAUGUGGCGUUGGCGGAGACGAUGGCACGUCGUUUGGAAGCGGCGCAGAAGGCUUUGAAGACCGUGGAGAAAACUGUGGCUGAGGAUCAGACGUCCAUGGACGAGGUGGGGCGAAACUCAGCCCAGCUCUGUGCGGUAGUAGGGAGGAUGCUGCCGCAACUGCCUGCCGGGCAAUGGCUUCCGCAGCCACACGAACUCCGCCUUGAGAUUGCAGACAUGCACCGAAAGCAAGCUGAAGUUGCGGAGGGUAUCCAAGACAUGCGGGAGGCACUGGCACAGAUGGAGGCGCUUUCUGUGCAGGCUCGAUCCAUGACGUUCGGUCAGUGAGUAAACCACGAUGAUAUCGAAGUUGCUAAGGCGCCGAAGUAAGAAGCAUGUUCGGACGUUAUUUUUCCGGCAAGGGAAAGCCUCUGAUCGUCAAAUGCAGGAAGCUUUUGCGUCAACGAGAGGUGGAUCAUUUUAGGGCAGUUGCUCAGCGCUUUGGGCCCUACACUAACAAUACCUCAGCUGGAAACAAUUGCUUAGAGCAAUGUACUGCACUCAAUUAUGUUACGGUCUCUAGGCGCUUAGGAGGAGCUUGAGUAAGUGCUACACAUUGUAAAGUCAUACUACCACUGGCCAGCCCGCAGAAUUAUUUCAGCGUGCUGCUAACGUAACCAUGGCAAUCUAGAAUGGAAGUAAAAGUUAACCCCCAAGUACAUGUACAUCGAAGCAUUAUAGCAGCGCAAACUUUGCGCGUUUGCGAAUACGGCAUUUUUAUUUAUGAGGAACACAAUAAAUAAUCCGAUG